CACAGACAGAAUUGCAGUCAAGUUUUUGUUGUGAAGGAACUUGAGCUUCCUAUACUACAUACUAAUCUACCUAUUGUACCUUGAUCUCAUCUCAUAUAUUUUUUUGUGGUGAGAUUAACCAGUCUUGUAUCAUAUCAUAGCCUACUCUCCCCUCCUCCCCUUCUCCUACCAAGGACGACUUAAAAACUCCCGGUUCAUUCGUCCGGACGACGACGUGGUCAAGUUUUUGGUCAUAUUAUUUUCGAGACUCACUCACUCGCCCGUGGUUCUCCAACCACUGAAUUGAUAUACUACACCUAAUUCAACAUUGGUUCCGCGGAAGACAACGAUAUUCUGCUCCAGCAUCGACUCCUCGAACGAGACAUUUGUCUUUCAAAUCGAGUCACCUCACAAAAAGCAUAACAUUCCUUGCAACCAGUCAAGAUGAAUACACAGACCUCCCUUCGCAUGCUCAAUCGUCUGGGCACGACCAGCAUCCGAUCUGCUGCGCCGCUCACAAAACCUCGCACCACCUUUCGGUGCUUUUCCAAAACCCCAACCCGCAGCCUCCGAUUGUCACCUUUUAUGAAUGACAAAUCCGACCCUUAUCAUAAAUCGAGCACAGAAGCAACUGGCGUAAGUGCAGGACCUCAUGAAGGGUCGGCUUCUCGAACCGAUCGCGAGAUCGUGGUGGAAUACCCAGAAGAUGAGACAGUCUUUGAGGAACAUGAGCGACCUCUACGUGGCCUAGGCGGUGUCCAGAACGUUCGAACUCUUCCAACCUUCUCGCUCGAGGGAAGGACUGUCAUCGUCACAGGUGGUGCUAGAGGUCUUGGUCUCGUCAUGGGACAAGCUAUCGUCAACUCCGGCGCGGAUUUGGCCAUUGUUGAUUUGAACAAGGACGAAGGUGAGAAGCAGGCCGCAGAACUCAUUCGUCUGUUCAAGAAAGACUUCCCCGAUGAAGAACCUCCAAAGGUGACUGCGCACUAUUCGGACGUCUCAGACCCAGAAAGUGUCGAAUCUUGCAUACAAGAGGUCAUCAGCCAGCAUAACAAGAUCGACCAUCUGGUCACUUCUGCAGGCUUCACCGAAAAUUUCUCCGCCGAGACCUAUCCAUAUGACCGCAUCAAGAAGCUUUGGGGCGUCAACGUUGACGGCACCUACCUGUUUGCCACCAGUGUUGCCCGCCAUUUGAUGGAAAGAGGUGGUUCCAUCACCCAUGGAAGUAUCGUCAUGAUUGGCAGCAUGUCCGGCGCCAUCGUCAACGUCCCACAGCCUCAAGCUCCAUACAACGCCGCCAAAGCCGCUGUCCGACACCUUGCCGCCAGUUUGGCGGUCGAAUGGGCCCACGCCCACAUCCGAGUCAACUGCAUCUCCCCUGGUUACAUGUUGACAGCCUUGACUCGAAAGAUUCUCGACGACAACCCAGAAUUGAUGAAGAAGUGGACAUCACUGAUCCCUGUGGGUAAGAUGGGAUCUCCAGAGGAUUUGCAGGGGGCUGUUAUCUAUUUGCUCAGCGACGCCAGUCGUUAUGUCACUGGUGCCGACCUCAGAGUUGAUGGAGGAUAUACUUGCACCUAGAAAAACCACAGACUGCGUUGCCCUAAUAUCAUGCCGACCAAGGCAAUUGUCUGCCUUUGAAUGCAUGUACAUAUACUUGAUGGCAUUUGUAGAUCGGGGGUGGUCUGGAGAGAAAGAGUUGCAAUUUACAUACAGCGAUUUUCAGAACA